GGUUUCGUCUGGGACCCUUGGAGUGGAUAAGAGCUAAGCCAAGCUGCGAUGAACAAAAAACACAACUUUUGGACGCCAACAACUGUGAAGACACAGAGAGACGCUCCUAUGACGCCGUCAAUAGUUAUGUUAGCAAUGAAACAAAGAAGCCAAAACAAAGAUCGUUCUUCAUGUCUCUGUUUUUAACCUUCAGAUGGGAGUUUUUAUAUUGCAAUAUUGGGAUGUUGGUUUAUGUGGCUAUGAAUUUAUUUAUCCCAAUCAUCUUAGGUUGGUUGAUAGACUACAGUGUAAAUAUGACGGAACCACACUGGCAUGGUUAUGUCCUUAUGAUGUUAUUGUUAGCGAACAAGAUCCUGACCACAGUUUUUAGCCAAUCAUCCGAAUACCUAAACAGCAGACUGGCCAUUCGUGUUCGUAGUGCUGCUAUUGGCGCCAUUUUUCAAAAGUCGUUGCGUAUAUCUAAUGAGUCACGAAAAAUCUUCAGUUUGGGGGAAAUCUCAAACUUGAUGUCUGUCGACACAAAUCACUUUGAGCUGUGUCUAAAUGGUGCAUUCUGGAUAUGGAUGAGUAUUUUGCUCUUUGUCUUUGGGUGUUACUUGCUGUAUACUGUCAUUGGACUCGCGAUGCUCUCAGGGCUAGGUUUAAUCUGCUUGAUGUUAAUAAGCAAUCUUUCUAUAACACAAAAAAUGAGAGCUUACCAAGAAGAGAUGAUGGGAGUAAAAGAUGUAAGACUAAACACAAUGAGUGAAAUACUGCAAGGCAUCAAGGUUAUAAAGUUAUAUGGCUGGGAACCCAUGUUUAUCUCUAAAAUAAUGAGCAUUAGAGAAAAAGAGCUGAAGGUUUUACAGAAACAUUCAAUGUGUGACUGGAUUGACACUUUUGCCUACACAGGAGCAACGUUCUGGAUAACAUUUCUGAUGCUGGUGACCUACGUCAGUUUUAAUGAGCAUCAUUUUGUCAGCACAAGAACAGCUUUUGUUGCAAUCAAUUAUAUAAAUUUGAUCAGGAUGGCUAUCACUAAUUGUCCUCUCAAUAUGAAAUAUGCUGUCAAAAUGGCUGGUUCUAUCGUUCGUAUUAACACAUUUCUACAGGCUGAAGAUUUCGACGCAACUGAAGAUAAUAAUUUAGAAGAUCUUGCAAUCCGGAUGGACAAUGCUUCGUUUUCAUGGGAAAAGUCAGGAAAUAUUAUCCUUAGAAACAUCAAUUUAAAGAUUGAGCCUGGCAAGCUGGUGGCAGUGGUGGGGUCAGUCGGUGCUGGGAAAUCAUCUCUGCUGCUAGCUCUACUGGGAGAGAUGAACAGGAUUUCAGGCAGCUCAAAUAUCAAUUCCUCUCUAGCCUAUGUACCACAGCAAGCUUGGAUCCAGAAUGCAACAGUGAGAGAGAACAUUACAUUUGGGCAGGAAUUUGAUCCAACUUUUUACACAACUGUCAUUGCUGCCUGUGCUUUAAACCAAGAUCUGGAGAUUUUACCUGCUGGUGACCUGACAGAAAUUGGAGAGAAAGGAGUGAACUUGUCAGGUGGACAGAAACAGAGAAUUUCUCUAGCAAGAGCAGUCUAUAGCCAGGCUGACAUCUACCUGUUUGAUGAUCCAUUGGGUGCAGUGGACAGCCAUGUGGGACAACACAUCUUCCAAAAUGUUAUGAGCAACACUGGACUUUUAAACAGGAAGACUCGUAUCCUUGUCACACAUGGAAUUCAUUUAUUGUCAAACGUGGACUUGGUUGUUGCUAUGCAUGAUGGUAAAAUUGUAGAUUCUGGGGGCCCUGAAAUUUUACAAUUUGGGAACAACCGCUGUGAAAAUAUAUUACGAUUGUUAUCUGAUUGUAGUAACAAUGAUACCGGGUCAGACUGGGAUACUUCAGGAAAUAUGUUUGAAAAAACUACCAACGAAAAGAACAGACUGCACAAUAACAUUCUUCAAAAUAAUUUGGAUGUGUCUUUAAAAGAGCAGGAAGAUGGGUCCAUUGAUAGGAGUAAGCUCAUCACAUUGGAAGAAACUCAAAUAGGAAAAGUCAAAUGGAAAGUUUAUUUAGAUAUCAUCAAAGGUUAUGGCGUACCAUAUGUUUUACUGACAGCUGUUUUAAUAUGUGGUUUCCAUGCAACCUAUAAUGCAGCAUACAUAACUUUGACAAUGUGGAUAGGGGAUAUUCGAUUGUCUAACUUGACAGAGCUACCAGCAAACAGCAAUGAAAGAUAUGACAUAAAUAAACAUUUUAUUCAGUCGUAUUUUAUCUGGGGCUCUAUUCAGUCUUUAUGCGUUUUGAUAUACUCUGGGCUGUUCCAGUUCCGUCAUGUGACCACCUCUCGAUGGAUACAUGCAAAACUUAUAAAUGCAGUUCUAAGAGCACCCAUGAGUUUUUUUGAUACAACUCCCAUGGGGCGAAUUUUGAACAGGUUUAGUCAAGAUUUGGAUAUUUUAGACAGUGAAAUUUUUAUGAAUUUGGAGAUAUUUAUUGAGCACGUGAUGUUUGCUUUGGGAAUUCUUGGUAUUAUCAGCUACGUUUUCCCAGGAUUCCUUGGUGUAUUAUUUGUUGCUGUCUUUCUUUUUAUUAUUGUGCAGCAAUAUUAUAUCAGGACUUCAUGUCAGCUGAGGCGAAUUGCAUCCAAAAAUCGCUCACCUGUAUUUGCCCACUUCAGCGAGACACUGUCUGGUCUGACUGUCAUCAGAGCACACAGGCAGCAGCUGAGGUUCACACAAGACUCUCACAUGAAGGUCGACUUCUUUCAGAGACCUAUGAUGAUCAUGUAUGCAACCAACAAGUGGAUGCAAACUCGUUUGGAUAUUAUUACAUAUAUUUUAAUUGCUGGUGUUACCCUUUUUACAAUAAUUAAUAGAGGGGAAGUUGCUCCUGGUCUGGUUAGUUUGUCCAUCACCUUUGUAUUAAUGAUUACAAAUGACAUGACAUUAGUGACAAGAAUGUCAAGUGACCUGGAGUCAAACAUUAUAUCUGUGGAAAGAAUUCAAGAAUAUUCACACAUUAAAAAUGAGGCUCCUUGGACUUUGCCAGAUGACAGUAGAUUAUCAGGUGUGUGGCCACUGAAUGGAAAUAUAGAAUUUGUUAAUUAUAGUGCAAGAUACAGAGAAGGAUUAGAUUUUGUACUGCGAAAUAUCAAUGUGUCGAUAAAUGCUGGAGAAAAGAUAGGAAUUGUAGGAAGAACAGGGGCAGGUAAAUCUUCUAUGGUUCUUGCCCUUUUCCGUUUGAUUGAAGCAGCAAGUGGCUACAUUGUAAUAGAUGGUGUGGACAUUUCAAAGAUUGGGCUACACACACUUCGACAUGCUGUCACCAUACUGCCACAGGAUCCAGUACUUUUUGCUGGAAGUUUGCGCAUGAACCUUGACCCAUCCAAUGAAAAAUCUGACAUUGAACUCUGGGAUAGCUUAGAACAUGCCAACCUUAAAGACUUUGUCCAACAGUUGCCCAAUCAGCUGGAGUAUGAUGUUGGGGAGGGGGGAGAAAAUCUCAGCGUGGGACAGAAACAGCUGAUCUGCCUAGCCAGAACUCUACUGAGAAAAACAAAACUUUUAGUUUUUGAUGAAGCAACAGCAUCAGUGGACAUAGAGACAGAUGAUUUUAUUCAGAAAACUAUAAGGACUGCUUUCAGGGACUGUACAGUGAUCACCAUAGCCCACAGAAUUCAUACAGUCAUGGACUAUGACAGAAUCAUUGUGCUAGAGCAAGGUAAAAUUAUAGAAGUGGAUUCUCCAGCCAAUUUACUACAGAACAAAACAUCCAAGUUUUAUUCUCUAGCUAACUGUUAUGACACCAUUUGAUUCAACGUGCAGUGACCCACUAUUAUGACAUUAUUAUAUUCAAUGAAACCAAACAAUCAUGUUUAAACAUUAUGUCAAUUGUUAUAAAUACACUUUAAAUAUAUUUAUAAAACUUAAAGCUCAUGACUGUCAACUUUUCGUGUGUUCAGGUAAACGUAAAAAUUAAAUUAGUUUUGGUAAGUCUUUCGCCUCCUCCUGCUGACAAGAGCUUUCCAGGCGUCUCUGUCCUGGGCUAUUCUCUCUGACUGUCCUCAGGUGUAUCCAACUUUCUGGGUGUCUUCUUCCAGCUCACGUCUAAAUGGCUUUGUUGGUCGGCCUCCUUUUCAUUUAUACAAAAGUAUCGGUAA